AAACUGGAUACAGUACCUACUCGUACCUUCACAACAACUGACAAAACAACCCAACAGCCUAUGUACCUCCACCUACCUACUACUAAUUAAUUCUUCUACUACUACUACAUAUAAAUUUUAUGUGCAAAUGUUAGUCAAAGUGCUUUAGUCGAACAAUGGACUCUUUCGACAUAUCAAGCGAUUCCGAGGAAGGGCUGCUUGAUGAAAUCCUUGUCGAUGGCAAAUAUCACCAGCAACGCCUGCAACAGCUACAGCGCAUGCAAAACUACCACCAGCGUCAGCAUCACUCCUACCCACAGCACUACUACAGUCAGUUUACAGCCUUCUCACAGCAUCAACGUGUCGGCCAACGUCAACACUUCAAUGAACACAAACAGCUAGAAUAUGAUGCCAUAGAGUCAUCACCCCUACAUUAUUGUGAAAAUACCACCACCCAGUCGGACGACAAUAUCUAUAGCACUCAAGAAAAUCAACUUUCGACAACACAACAAUUACAAACACAACAACUACAACUAAGAGAGUCGCCAACACCAUCACCACCGCCUCUGUCACCUCUGCCACCGCUACCACCACCGCCACCACCUUCCCUACCAACAAUACGUUGUAGCUCCAGCAAUAAUUUGAAUGCACCAUUGGGUUCAAAUGUUGGCCGCUCAUCGGGAAGUAGUACAAGUAUUGCUUCAAUAGGCGGCGCUGCUGCUGCCGGUGCUGCUUCCACUUCUGCACCAGCUACCUUCAUUGUUGAGGAAAAUAUCGACACUGGCGAAAAUACAAUACACUCGGGUCAAUUGGAGCUUGAGGGUGAUGAUAGCACAUCAAACAAUGACAGCACGGCGAGUAAUGAAUCAUCGGUGCAGCAAGCGGACUCGACUAGUCCAAGUCUAAUGACUGAUAGCGCAAAGGCAUCCACAUCAGCUGCGGCUGCCGCAGCAGCAAGUGUCGCAACGGCAGGCGCUGGUGCUGCUGCUGCUGCUUCAUUCAAUCAUCAAUUGACCGCCGACAUAUGCAACUAUAAGAACUCAAAGAGUCGUCGACUCGAGUAUUCGCUCAAGUGCUUGAAAUAUGGGCGCAGUAACCCGUCGCAGGAUUCGGCUUUUGGCUCGUUGACAGACAAUGAUCUCUCAGUUGGGUCAUCCAGCUUUCGCAUAAGUAGUUUUCAAUCGAUUUCUUCACCGAUUGAUGAGGGUGUAGAAGAUGUGAUAAUAGCCACUACAACAGGUGGCAAAGAAACUUGCCUAGAAUUGGCUACCAUACCAAGAAGCAUGGUGUCACAAGAUUCAGCUAUAUCAUCGCCGUGUCGUGAAACAUCGCCUAGCAACUUUUUGAACAUUGAUGACGCCAUGUCUGCUGGCUCUUGUUCGGGCGCAUCCACUUCGUCCGGCGGCUCGACAGGCAAUAUACGUCCACAACAAUUUCCCGUCUCGCUUUCGCCUAAAAUACUCGUCACUGCCACCACUAACUCUAGCAAUUCGUCCCUAUCGUCGUCUAGCGCCGCACUACCCCAAGGACAACAAUUCGAUCCACCCAAGAUACUGGUUAAUGAUCAAAACUCUAUCUAUACAACUUCACCCUCGAAACGUACCGGCACCAUUGAGGUCUUUUCACAAAAAUAUCGCGUAUGUUCAUUCGAAGAUAUGUCACCGAAUAAGCGUUCCUCUUCCGACAAACUUUUGAAGAAUGUCAAUCGUAUGGCUUUUCGUUCGCUCGAAGAGGAACGACGCAUCGAUAGCGCUUUUAUGCCCAUAGUUGAUCGCACAAACUCGGAAAAUCGCGUGAACAUGCAGAGAGAUGAAAAAUACAAAAAACUCACACAUGCCUCCUUCCGCAUCAGUAAGACCUCGAGUCAAGUGAUCGUCUAUGACAACUCACCGAAUCAGCUUAUCAGCACUUCACCCGUUGGCGCCACAAAAGUCAUAACUAAUGGCGAGCUGCAGCGUCCAGCCACAGCAGCGGGUUCGGUGAGUAGUCGUCAAACAAUGUGGCGCGAUAGCAAAUUCUAUCGAAAGAAUCGCAUUGCCAAGUCAAAUGACUCGCUGCUAGAAACAUCGCCCAAUCAUUCGGCGCGUUUGUCGCCAUCUUCAUUGCGUGACAAUCACUACGACAGCAGUUCCUCUUACGGCGGCAGUCGCAGCCACAGUCGACAAUCGUUAAAUCGAGGUGGUUCAAUCAAUGAGAUAUCCGGUCUGAAUCAGGCAUUUGGUGGUAGCGGUGGCCACGGUUUGGCGGUGACCACAAGCUUUUGCGGCAAUGUCGGCACAGCGGGUGCUGGUCGACGUUACUGCAGUUCAAAAAGCGAGGAUCUCGGUGAUUCGAAUGACUAUUUGCGUGUUAUGGAUGCACGUAAAUCGUAUUCGGAACGACAUCUGGUCACCUUGACCAAACUAAAGCAAACGGCUAUAAACAAUACGACAAGCGGAAGUGAUCAAUGCUGCCAAUCCGAGGACGAAAUGAGCUUCUAUGAUGACAAUAAUGUUUACAGUUACAUGUAUUAUGCUGAGCAGCAGCAACAGCAACCACAACCACAACAACAACAACAACAACAGCAACAUCAUCAACAUCAACACCAUGCAAAACAGCAUUUUCGGCAGCAGCAGCAACAGCAGCCGCAACAUCGGCGUAGUCACUAUAAUCAGCAACCCGUAGCCAAGUCAGCAAAGCAACAACUUCAACAACAACACCAACAACUAUCUACUCAUCAACACCAUCACCAGCAACAGCAACAUUCCAAACGUCCCCACCCGAAUCAAUUGAGCUGGAGUAGUUGUUCCAUAAAUCGCCUAAGGACGUCCAAUAUAAAGACCACCUCUUUGGCUACCUUAUCCUGCCAUCAAAAUCUAGCUUACUCCGCUUCAGCACACUCCCCCAAUGCUGCCAGCACUACAGCUGCCGGUACUAUAGUGGCGCUACCACAUGUCUCACGUAGCGCUAUUUUCAAGUCGGUAGAUCAUUUUGUCAACUUGACUGAUAAGCACGCUGGUGACGGUAGUAGUGGUGCUGGCAGUGGAGGCAGCGGCACUUGCACUGCCACCGAUGACAACAGCUCCCCCGACGAUUCGCCAACACAUCAGACACUGAGUGGCGCUGAACUCUCGAAGAUUUUUGCCAUGCACGACGCCCAAAGCAGCCAGUGUAGUGAAGAGAAGACACCGCUGCUGGACAGCGUUGAAAUGUCGCCAAUCAGUCCGACCGAGCCGGAGGAAUUGGCCAGCGAAGAAAAAAUGUGAUAUACUAAAUUUCAGUAAAUGCAUUCAAAAACAAAAACUUAAAAGAAAAUGAAUGUUCGAAAAGAAAACAGAAAGAUAUUUAGUCUAGCGUAAAUCGCAUUAAAACGGAGUUGAAAUGUUGGACGGACCGAUGAAAUGUGUGCAGAAUUCACCAGCUGUUCAAGAAGAUAUAAAAGCGAUAAGAGGGUUGAAAAAAUACAGUUUUUAGAUUGCUUCACUAGAUUUAUGAAGUUAGUUACAAAAUAUUUCUUUAAUUUCAAAACUAUCGUCGCCGGCUUUGAAUAGUAUUGAUCGGGUGGAAGGACGUGAGCUUUAUCCGUAUGUACUGAUCUGUGUUGCUGAUCCCCAAACACCUGAUCGCGAGUUACCACACAAGGCUAAUAAGUUGAAGCCAGUCAGGUGAAAGUGCGUACUUUACUCAGAUCCGCGUAGGUGCAUGUGUACCUCGGUUUUUGCAGUAUUU